GAGCAAUUCUUAGCUCCCCUCGGGUGCCCGAAGCGGUGAUCGGCCGGGGAAUCCCACCUCCCCGCAGGGCCUGCGGACAGGGACAAAAGGCGAGACCCUGCCACGCCGGCCGCGGGAGCGAGCCAAACUUCCAAGGAACUUCUCCGGGAGGGGCCCAUGCGGCUCUCCUGGCGCUUUGAGAGAGGCACUGAGCCUUGCCUGACCUCCUGGAUCAGGGCCACUGGAAACUCCUAGUCCUGACUGGCUGAGGACUCUGCUCUGCCCUGGGAGGCAGGUUAGAUGAUCCAGGAUGGAGGAGGAAGGUUCUCUGCUGAAGAUCCUGUCUGCUGGCUUGGGAAGGGAGGAUGGUCUCUACCCCACCUGGGUGGUGAUCACACUGGCUGUCAUCCUCAUCGUCACCAUCGUUGUGGACAUCCUGGGCAACCUCCUGGUGAUUGUCUCAGUCUUCAAGAACAAGAACCUGAGAAAAGCAGGCAAUGCCUUUGUGGUGAGCUUGGCCAUUGCAGAUCUACUAGUGGCUUUUUACCCUUAUCCCCUGGUCCUGAUGGCUAUUUUCCAUGAUGGCUGGGUGAUGGGGCACCUCCAUUGCCAGGUCAGCGGCUUCCUGAUGGGCAUCAGCGUUAUAGGCUCCAUCUUCAACAUCACUGGCAUUGCCAUUAACCGCUACUGCUACAUCUGCCACAGCCUGAAGUACGACAAGCUUUUCUCAGGUGCCAACACCAUGUGCUAUGUGGGGCUGGUCUGGGCGCUCACCUUGCUGGCCAUCGUGCCAAACCUCUUUGUGGAGUCCCUGCAGUACGACCCGCGAGUGUACUCCUGCACUUUUGCCCAGUCCGUCAGUGCCCUCUACACCAUCGCCUUGGUGGUCAUCCAUUUCUUCCUACCCAUUACCAUCGUCAGCUACUGCUACCUGCGGAUUUGGGUGCUGGUCAUCCAGGUGCGGCGCAGGAUCAAGCCGGACACACAGCCCAAAAUCAAGUCCCAUGAUUUCUGGAACUUCCUGACCAUGUUCGUGGUCUUUGUGCUCUUCGCUGUCUGCUGGGCACCGUUAAACUUCAUCGGCUUCACGGUGGCGGUCCAGCCCACACUGGGUUCCUUGAUACCCGAGUGGCUCUUCACGGCCAGCUACUUCUUGGCUUACUUCAACAGCUGUCUGAAUGCUGUGGUUUACGGGGCAAUGAACCAUAACUUUAGGAAAGAGUACAAGAGAAUCAUACUGACUGUGUUGCAGCUGGCUUACAGGGCUGAUGGAGACUAG